CCUCUUGCCACCUCUCUCUUCUCCAUCUCCGAUGGCCUUAACCCUCCUCCAGCCGAUCGGCUACAACGCAAACUCAUGCGGGUACUGCUCCCCACCCGGUGAUCGGAGCGGCAAGAGCUCUCGCAGCUUCGGGUUCUUGGCGGAGCAGAUGAGCCCGCAGUUCUAUCAGGACCUCGUGGAUCGCGGGUGGAGACGAAGCGGGGAAUAUACGUACCACCCCGACAUGGAACGUACGUGCUGCCCUCAAUACACGAUUCGCCUGAAGGUCAACGAUUUCAAGCCGUCACGACAGCAGCGCUCGACUCUGAACCGCUGGAACCGCUAUAUCACCGGGGAGGAGCCGAAGAAUGGCAAGGGCAAGGCCAAGCUGUUUGAGCUUGGGCCGGAGCUCAGGCGAUGCAAGGAAGGCGAGGGCAUGGCGCAUCGCUUUUCCAUGGAGCUCACGCCCGCCACUGCGACAGACGAAACGUUCGACCUGUAUCGUCGCUACCAGAUCGCAAUCCACAAAGAUCCGCCGCGGAAGGCAACGCGGCAUGGUUUCGAGAGCUUCCUCUGCAGCAGCCCUCUUGGCAACAUUCCCAUUCACUACGCGCCUGGGGCGGACACGACAGGGCUCCCGGACGAAUACGGCUCAUACCAUCUCCUCUACCGCGUCGAUGGGGUGCUCGUUGGAAUUUCCGUCAUCGACAUUCUCCCCGCCUGUGUAUCCAGCGUCUACUUUAUCUGGGAUCCCGACUGGGCAUGGGCAAGUCUGGGCAAGCUUUCAGCGCUGUAUGAAAUUGGACUUGCGCUGGAUAUGGCGGCUGCGGGUGCGCAAGGCAUGGGAUGGCUUUACAUGGGUUAUUGGAUUGCGACAUGCCAGAAGAUGCAGUAUAAGGGCGACUACGCGCCCUCCUACCUUCUCGACCCCGGGACGCAUGUCUUUCACCCUCUGACGACCAAGCUCAAGCAGUUCCUUGAGGUACACUACGGGUACACGCCGUUCAGCGAGGUCGAGGGGAUGGAAGACGUGGCCGUGCGAGAGGAGUGGGAGGGGCAGCGCAAGGAUGUGGAGAUGGCCGAGCCGCGGGAGCCAAAGCCCAAACGCGCUGUCAAGCUCGUCGUGGCCGAGAACAGCGACGAGUGCGCAGAGUCUGACGGGGAUGACGGCUCGGACGACGACGACGAUUACGACGACGACAAGGGUGACGACGACGAGGAUGACGACGACGACGACGAUGACGACGACGACGACGACGAGGACGUGCCGAGCGAGUUCCCGACGCCCCCGCCGCCCGGUUUCGGGGAUCCCGACAAGCUGGCGGCGGCCGAGCUGGACGGGCUGUUCGUGCUAACCUCGCACUUUGGCUCGACGCGUGUGCUGCCAUACGCGGCAUUCCGCAGCGGUCUGAGCUCCAUAGGGAGGCGAAAGACUAAGGAGCUCGUGGCGGCCGUGGGGCCGGAAAGGUUCGCGAGCUCACCGAUGCAUAUCAAGACCAAAGGGAUGCUUUACUUUGGGUAG